AUGGUUUCUCUCCUCACAGCACAGACAGGGUUUCUCUCCUCACUGUACAGACAGGGUUUCUCUCCUCAGUGUACAGACAGGGGAGCUGAGUCAAAGAAUGCCAGAGUUUGUGGCGAUCACUUUGUUAAAGGACGUCCAAGCAAUCUAUAUGAUGAGAGUGACAUUGACUGGGCUCCUACAAGGAAUCUUGGCCACGGGAAAGUGAAACAGCCGACUGCAGCGAACGUAGGGCGAGAUGAGCGGACUCACUCUCGUGACGAAAAGAGGAAACGCUCAGAAUGUGCCGAGGCCUUGGUAGAGUUCCACAAACUCAUGAGAUUUGACACAUCAGAAAUUCACAGUCCAGAUAUUCCUGAGGAUGGAGAGACCAAUGCAGCGCUCGACGUUUGUCCCAGUGUUGCAUGCCAGACAGAUUUGACCGGUGACGAUAUUGUAAGCAUGGAAGAGGAGUUAAAGAAAUUGAACUGUGAACUUUAUGAACUACGAUCAAAGGCACUGGACUCAUCUAUCAGUGCUCUCUCUCUGUGA